GUAUCAGUUGGAGUGUUUGGUAAUAAUAUUUGUUUAUCACAUAGCAAUACAAGUCACUCUGAAGAAGAAAUGAAGAUGGGUUACAAUAUUGUUCGCUAUGGUCGGCCAUUGUGGCAGUCUAUGUGGAAUGGCAUGACAUAUGAUGUACCACGUGAGAGGUAUCGCUACUUGGUGGACAUAGCAAUAACAAAGUUAUGUGGUGGAACUCUUAACUGGGAAAAACACUGGCAACGAUCUGCAACAGCCCUGAUGGCUUGCACCAUUUGCAUCUACAUAUGUCCUCUAUCACGCAUGGCAAGAGACCUAGUCAAAUCACAUAUGGCGACAAUUAUCACUGCUGAGGACUCUGGUAAGAAGCAUCUCAUUGGAUAUCCGUCAGAACCAAUGUUAUCAGAAGGAGCAUUGACACUGCUAUCGAGGCCUGGUGUUGAGCUUGAUGUGCUGAAGGAGCUAGAUUUAGUUGGAAAAGAAGGUGGGGUUAUUGAUACUGGCAAUCGAGGAGAACUGUGUGCAAGAAUACUGCUGUUAAGUGCAAGACGUCAGCAGAUACUAUCCUUCAGGGAGGAAAACUGUGAGAAUUAUCCAACGUUUUCUGCCCACCAACUGGUUACUGCAUACCUUUGCAAACUGUUCUCUUCUGAGUUUCCCCAUGAGAAAUUCCAACACCUGGCAGCAUAUGAUAUUGGAUUCACGCAUUUCAUCGCACUUGACCAUACCCCUGAUGAAUCCACUUUGCAACUCUGUUGGGAUAGAGGUGCAGCCAUCAUCUACCAGCGCAACCAGCCAGGUGCAGAUAUCGCACUAGUCAUGUGCCACCGAGAUGAAAAAAAAUUAGCAGUAUUAAAUAUACAGGUGAAAAAUCAUGCAAGACCUGAAAGCAGAGGUGUGCGGAAUUACGCUGUUGCUAAUGGCCUCCGGACAUCAAUGACACUGUGCAAAACAUGUGCGCAUUUGGAGGAUUCUUCUGUUGGUAUUUAUAUUCAAAUUGGUGAAGCAUAUGCGAAUAAACCAAAGUUUGAAACAUACUACUAUGGGGAAGGAAGAAAUCGUCAUGGGAAUAUGACAUUUAACUUUUCUAGUGAUGCUGAGGAAGCAAACAGACUGGUAGUUCUUGGCUUGAGCUGCUUCAAGCUUGAUCAACAAUAUCAUGAGGUCAUCCGGAGCCUCCUGCAGUCCUGGAUCGAUAUAUCAAUGAUCUGUAGACCAACAGAAUUCAAGUUCUUAUGUAGGAUGUUUCCAGUUGUCUAUGGUUCUCAUGCUACCAAAAGGGCAAAGGAGAUCAAUAAUGAUAAUGAUGAAGACGCGAAGGAUUAUUUGAUUAAUAAAAGAUGGAAAUCUGAUGAACAAGUGGAACAAGAUGAGGAAUGGUCUGAAGAAUAUGAAUAG